UUAUGCCGAUGGUGAAAAUAAUAAACAAAAUUGGCGUAAAUUUCGUCAAAUAUUUAUUGAGCAAGAAAAAACAUGUACCGAUGAACCCCUGUUUGGUGAGAUGACAACAAGUCCUUCAUGUACACCAUCUGAAUUAGCUCAAUCUAUUAUGUUUAUUAGCGGUUUUUUAAGUAAUCUUAACAAUACAUUCAAUGAUCCUUCACUGCAGGUCGAUCGACCAUACGAAAAUCAUCCAUUUGAUUUAGAUGGCUUUCGAAAUUUUGCAGGAGAUAUGUUAAAUCCAAUGAACCUUUUACAUAAUAAAAUAGCAUCCCAUUUACCACAAUAUAUGCAACCAUUAUUUGCUAAAGAACAAGCUCUACAAACAUCGACAGGGUCACAGUACGAACAACGAAGUAUAUUGCAUUGUCACCCGGAUGGACCUCUUAUGGCCAUGGAAUCCAAUCGGUACUAUGACGUAUUUUCAUCAAAUUAUUUAAUAACACUUUUAGAUACAGCUACUGAUGGCGAUCAGACAAUCGAUGAUUUGAUUAUUUUUCAGCAACAAGGAGUUGAUGAAGAGAGUUUGCUCUCUCAAGCUAUAGAAUUAUCUUUGAUACGAUAA